AUGUGGGGCAGUUCUAUGUGAGCCAUCGCCAUGGAAAGGGCAUUUGCUACUGUUCCGAUGGCUCCCAAAUCCAAGGAAUGUUCUAUCUUGGCCACGUAGAAGGCUAUGCGACCCAGGAAUGGAAGGAUGGCAGAACAUUUCAGGGGCUGUACAAAUCUGAUGAGCGAUUUGGACCAGGGAUUGAGAGCUAUCCAGAUGGCUGUCGGGACAUUGGCUUGUGGCUUGCAAAUCAUCUCAUUAAACUGUGUACUGAAGUACCUGGUUCUUUUUCUGUCUUGGAUUAUCCGGAACAUUACAGAUAUUUUGAUGACAGUUCUCCAAAGAAGUGUAUUUCUGUCAAGGAGGAUCCUUUCCUCCGUAGCUACAAACAUCUUCCUUUUGAUGACAAGGAUAUUUUCCCUGAAGGAGUUCUUGCAUAUUCUUGUAACAUGGAUCAUCUUACCUUGACUCACUCUUUCCUGGAAGAUUGUGAUGCUCAUUACUUCGAGAACACCAAAGAGCUGCCUGAAGAAGACCCCUGGCCUAUUGCAAAUGGAACUCCUUUGCUAGUUAGGAUACAAAUGCAUGCUUAUAAGCACAGGCACUGUCAGGCAGAGUUCUCUUCAGAUAUGAGGCUCAUUCUCAGAGGAGUCCGCAGUGAUUAUGGACAUCCAGGCCCCAGGGAACUUGCCUCAGAGCAGUUAAUUCAGAAGGCAGCAAGAGGAGAUUUUGAUGGAGUCUGUACAGUUCUGAGGAAUGGAUUUGCUCAUCCAGAUGUAGCUGAUAAACAGGGAUACACUGCACUUGCUGCUGCUGCUAUUCAUUCUCACUGUGAUAUUGUGAAUCUACUUCUUGAUAAUGGGGCUGAUGUGAAUAAGUGUAGCGAUGAAGGACUAUCUGCUCUCUCCAUGUGCUUUAUUCUCCAUUAUCCAGAAGAAUCUUUUAAGGGUAAUAUUGCUGAGAGGACCUUGCACAGUUACCAGAAGUGGAACGAACGAUCAGAAUCCUCAGAAGCAGUCAGUGUGGUUGAGAGCGUAACCUCAGAGCAACAGAAGAGAUGGGAAACAAUCCAACUGCUGCUUCGACGAGGUGCAGAUCCGAAUGUCUCCUGGGUCCCGUCACACCUUCUCUUCUUUGCUGUUAAAGCUGCUGAUGCAAAGGCAGUGAAACUCCUCUUAGAAAAGGGAGCCAAGACUGAUGCGCGGCUUCCAUCCAAGUUCCGGGGCUUAUCUCCUCUCCACAUAGCUGCCUCUAUUCCUGGGGAGGAAGGAGUCCAGAUAACGGAGUACCUCCUGAGUUCUGCCCUAGAUCUUGAUGCAAGGGCAGAAGAUGGAAAUGAGGUAUAUGGUCCAGACGAGCCUCAAGACAAAGAAGCCAGCUUGUCAGGUGAUGUCACUUGGCAACUGAAAAAUGAAGCAGGACCACCACAAGAGUACUUUUCCUCCUAUAAUGGUCCUGUUCCAGAAGAAGGUGGGAGGAGUGCUCUGCAUAUUGCAUGCGAAAGAGAGGGUAACAGUGAGGAUGCCAGAGAUGUUAUCCGCCUCCUUUUAAUGCAUAAGGCAAAUCCAAACACAUUGUGGAGCGGCCAUUCGCCACUUUCCUUAGCGAUUGCCAGUGGGAAUGACUUGGCAGUGGCUGAACUCCUCAAACAUGGGGCUGACCCAAAUCUGCCACUAAGUGGAGCAGUGAAAAGUGCCCUCUGUGCAGCUGUCAGUACCGCAUAUGAACACCAGAGAACAACAGCACAGAGGAUUGCUUUGGUUGAUAAGCUGCUUGAAGCUGGCGCAGAUAUCCUUGCACCAGUGACUCUUCAGGAGGGAAAGAGAAAAGCUGUGGGAACUGCUGUUGACUUUGCCUAUUAUAAAUAUUAUCAGGACAGGAGAAUUGCUAACACACCAUACCACAUGCUGUCAGCAUCUGAGCAGGAAGUUGUUCAAACACGCCAGGCACUGCUAGAGCACAUUACGGCAAAGCUCCGUGAGCGUGUCACUCUGAAAGAGAAAGAGUGGGAUCAAGAAGAGCUGAGAAGAUCCAAGAAAUUGGAUUCAGCCAUUCGUGUGUGUGCUUCAAAGAAAAAAGAGAGGAACCAUGAUGAGGAACAGGGAAGGCUGCCCAUCUUUAAAUACUGCUAUCAGUGCGGACGUUCUGUUGGUGUCCAGCUGUCACCUUGCAAACAUUGUUAUGAGGUCUUUACCUGCAGUGAGGCUUGCAGAAGGAAAUCCUGGAAUGAACGACACAGUCGUGAGUGCUCAGGAUUGCUGGGUAGGUUUAACCACCAUUGCUGUGUCAGCAUGGUGGUUUGGGUAUAUGUAAUAAUAACCUGGGCAUGCCUUCCUUUGAAUGAACUAUUCAAAUGAAAGAAUUUAAGUAAGAACAUUCACUUGAAUGUUUUGGAAAACUACAAGCUUUAAGACUACACAAACCCACAACAGAAGCAGUAGAAGGUUGGCACAGAAUCACAGGGUGGUUGGUUGGAGGGGACCAUACAGAACACCCAGCACCAACUCCUGUGCUGUGGGCUGGCUGCCCCCCAGCAGCUCAGGCUGCCCAUGGCCCAUCCAUGGCCUAGGGCACCUCCAGGGAUGACAGAGAUGAGCUCAUUAUCUGUAUAUAUGAAAUUGUUCUGCUUUAGCAGACGCUCACAUUGAGUGAAUGAGGAAAUAUGUCAAAUAUGAGGAUAAAUACAGAAUUACUGUCAUCCUGUGAGUGAUCUGUCUUUUAGAGGCUGUCUAAGAUGAGACUUUUAAGUAGUCUGAAUACAGUUAAAACCUUUGUACUAGAUAUAAAUAACAUCAGAUGGAUUUGCUUACCAUGAUGGGGCUCUGGGUAUCUUUUAGCAGUUUUUGUAAGAUAGUGGCAUAACUUGACAAACAAAAUGAGAUGGUCAAAGCAAGAGAAUGGAAUGAUACUACAAUCAGUGAAAUUUUUUCUUCAUCCUCAAAAUAACGAUGAAGAAUAAUUAAAUGAUAAUGAAGAAAAGUGGUGUUCAAAGCAGAAUGUGCUGUGUUCAAAGCUGCUGCAGUGGUAGCAAAGAAAGUUGAAGAAUGCUGGGCAGGUCUGAUAAAUUACAGCCAAGGCCACAAAUAACAGAUUUUACCAAUUAAAUGGGAAUAUGUUGCUUCUAUUUAAAGAUUCUGAUUUGAAAUAAAUAAAUAAAUAAAUAAAUCAGAAUUUUCCUAAAAUAUAAAAAGCUUAAAUGUUUGCUAAAGCUCACAGACUAACAAGAAGUUUAACCUUUCUUCAUAAAUGAAGUCUGCAUCCAUACCUUUCUGCAAAAAUGUAUUUGGCAAAGUGCUGCUAAGUCUAAUUUGUUCAGUGUUGCAUUAUUGCUUAGACAGCAUU